UAACGGAUAUCCAAAGCUGUAAAGUCGCGAACUGGAGCUAAGUAUAAUAAAAGUUUGGUCUUGUUUUCCCAGAAUCCAGAGAUGAUUUAGUAUUUUUGUUUUCUUUGAUUUGGAAGAUUGUCGAAAAAGUAGCACUCCUAAUAAUUAAGAAUGCGGAAUUUCGGUGGAAGACUCGUGAAUGACUUUGUUAGAUGGGCGGUGUUGGCAACAUGGGCAAUUGUAAACCUGAUCAUUUGGUUGGUGACAUUCUUUAAGUAUAUGGAUAAUGCUAAUUACGUUUAUACCAAAUAUCUCAUGAAGAAUGGUCUUCCCGUUGCUAGAGCAAGUGCUGCAUGUCUCAACUUUAACAGCAUGCUUAUCUUGUUUCCAGUCUGCAGGAAUAUGAUCUCCUAUUUCAGGGGAUCAUGUGAAUCUAAGAAGUUCUACCGACGCAACUUACGCCGUCAGCUGGACAAGAACAUCACAUUCCACAAGCUCCUGGCAUAUGCUAUAGGAUUCUUUGUUGUCCUCCACGUGGUGGCUCACUGCUUCAACUUCCAGAACCUUUACAACGGAAGAAAGGUUUCUAGUGACGACGACUGGUUGGCCAACAGACUCAGCCAGCCGUCCUUUGGUCUCAAUCCCUUCAAAAGCAUUCGCUCGAGUGAUGUGAGUGGACUAGGAGUGAUAGGGCCAGGUCUAGCUUUGUUAGCUGGUUGGACUGGAGCAGUGCUCUCAGUGACUUAUAUCCUCAUGUUCUCCUCAGCUACGGAGUUCAUUAGGAGGUAUUACUUUGAGACUUUCUGGUUAACCCACCAUCUGUUUGUCAUCUAUUAUGCAAUGCUGAUGGCCCAUGGCAUGGGUGGAGUAGUUAAGUACCAGACGAACAUUGAUGAGCAUGAUCCAGUAGCAUGCAUGGUAGAUGAAGAAACCUUUGAUCAGUGUGUGAUUGAUAACCCACCCGAGUUCGCUGGUACACCUGGAGCUAGCUGGAAGUGGUGUGUUGCACCUCUAUGUGUGUACUUCCUGGAGAGGAUCCUUAGAAUGGUUAGAACAUGGCCAGAUGUCACUAUCGUUAAGGUUGUCCAGCAUCAAUCUAAGGUGAUAGAGCUGAGGAUGAAGAAACAGGGAUUCAAGAUGCUUCCAGGACAGUAUAUCUUCCUCAAAUGCUCUCCAAUCUCCAAGGUCCAGUGGCAUCCGUUCACACUGACAUCGGCCCCUGAGGAGGAUCACUUCUCACUGCAUAUCAGGAGAGUAGGAGACUGGACAGAUGAACUAGCGGUCAAGAUGGGAGCUGACCAAGCAGAACCUCUGCCCAUCACCCGGUUACCGAGAGUUCAAGUUGAUGGACCAUUUGGUACUUCAUGUACUGAUAUAUUUGACUAUGAUGUCGUGAUGUGUGUCAGCGCUGGCAUUGGCGUCACUCCUUAUGCCUCUACGCUCAAAUCAAUAUGCUACCGUUUACAAGCUGGGGAUGAUAGUCUCCAUCUUAAGAAGAUGUAUUUCUACUGGAUCUGUCGCGAUACCCAUGCCUUUGAAUGGUUUGUUGAUUUACUUUCAUCGUUGGAAGAAACCCUGAGACAGAUUGGGAAAGAACAUCUUCUUACUUACUCAAUCUAUCUCACAAGAGGAUGGGAUUAUACACAGGCCAAGAAUAUCUACAUGCAGGAAGACAGAGAGAUAGAUGCAGUGACUGGUUUGAGACAGAAGACUCAUUAUGGAAGGCCAAAAUGGGAUUCAAACUUUUCGUACAUCGCUGAACAGAAUCAAGGUGCUACUAUUGGAGUGUUUUUCUGUGGUCCUAAGAGUCUGUCCACCAUCUUGCAUCAGAAUUGUAAUAAGUUCACCUCCGAUGAGUCAGAAGGCACCCGCUUCGUUUACUACAAAGAAAACUUCUAAGUGCAAGAGGGAUAUAUGCAGUGGUAAUUUAUUUUUAUAUUUUUAUAACUUGAGCAAUAUCUGCCUUGAAAAUUUGGGAUCUCUUGUCAUUUAGUUGUAUUUUUGGUUCAUGUGUUUGUGAAAGGUAUAAGAAAAUUAUGAUUUUUAAAACGAAAACGGCAUUCUUGUGGUAGGUAGUAUGUGACUUGUUAAUACAGAUUCUCAAAGAUUCAUUAGUUUAAACAUGAUUUGAAAAUGGUUAGAAUAUAACAUCUUUGAGAGUUGGCUUGAUUUUGUCAAGUUUGGUUUUAGUAUACAUGGGUGUGCUUGUUCAUUUUUUUUUUGCAAUAGCUGAUUGUUAUUAAUUUCUAUUUUUCUAGUAAGUUGUGCUUAUCUUCCAUGUUUUGUCAAAGAAAGAUAUUUUGCUGAUUUCUUUUUACAUUCCACUUUUAGGAUUAUUCAAUAUCACCAGCUUUUAUUGAUUUAUUUCCAUGUGUUUUAUCA